UUACGGGCGGAAGUGCACUCUGCCUUCGUUUUACGGAGACAGGAUGUUCCGGCUCGUGUGUUUCAGUUGCAGAAAUUGAGACAAGAGACGAGUGUCAGUGGAACAAUGCGGUGCUCAGGGGAUGUUGUUGGACACGUUUAGGGUACUGUUAAAAUCAGUUAUCACUGCCACAAUGUCAGCUUCUACCUCUUCGCAGCAGUUGCUUGGGCUUCAUUCUUCUCAUAACAGGAUAGACAGCGAUGGGAAUGCGGUACGACCUCAGCCUGCAUUACUGAAGCUCCUUCACACAGCGGGAGCAAAAGGAGAUACAUUUACCAUAAAACAGGUUAUGCAUUAUUUGGGACAGUAUAUUAUGGUUAAACAACUGUAUGAUAAGCAGCAACAGCACAUUGUUCACUGUGGCACCGAUGAACUUGGAGCGUUAUUAGGCAUUACAAACUUUUCAGUAAAGGACCCAAGUCCUUUGUAUGAAAUGCUGAAGACGAACUUGUAUAGAGUGUCUUACACAGAUGCUGCUCAGAGUCCCUCAAGAGACCAAAGGCAGGAUUCGGGCGGUUUGGAGCAUCAGAAGAAUCCUGACGAAAAUAAAUUACAAGCGAUAGAUGAAACUAUUUUGGCUUCUUCACUUUGCAAGCGCCUUGCAGAAGAUAGUGAAGAUUCUGCUGUUUGCAAGCAAGCUCGCCUGGACAUCCCAUUUGAAGAAUGGGAUGGUGCUGGACUACCUUGGUGGUUUUUGGGAAAUCUCAGGUCAAACUAUGACCCUCAAAGUCAUGGAUCUACGGAUAUUCCAUCAAAUCAGGAUAUAGAUACAGCCCUUGUUUCGGACACAACAGAUGAUUUGUGGUUCUUAAAUGAAAAUCGGUCAGAUCAGAUUAAUGUAGAGGUGAAAAUGGAACAUAUAGACUCCCAAGAUAGUGAAGAUGAGAGUAAAAAAGUAUUUGAGGUGACUAUUUACAAAGAGGAUUUGGAGGACACACAAAGCCUGAGCGAUGAUACAGAUACUGAUAUUGGAUCAGAGGACUGUUGGCAGUGUACAAAUUGCCAUAAAUUUAACUCCCCAGGUAAACGUUACUGCUUCCGCUGCUGGGCUUUACGCAAGGACUGGUAUGCAGAUUGCCCCCGUCUUGUACAUACCCACUCCACACCAGCACUUCCUGCCAAGGCAAGUUCCCAAGAAAUCAACAGUGCUGUUGACAUUCCUGACUGCCGUAGAACAGUGUCUGCCCCAAUGGUUAGAGUUCGAGGACCUGAAAGUGUGUCGCACUUCUUGGAGCCACUGGACUUGGCAUCUAAUAUGGGAAGCCUUUCAGAAAGUACUGACACACUUUUCAGCUAUCAUUCAGAGGAAACCUCACUGGAGUCUACCCGUCCUUUUUUGGAGCUCUGCAAGCUCUGCCAGCAACGUCCACGAAAUGGAAAUGUGGUACAUGGCCGUACAGCUCACCUGGUGACAUGUUUUCACUGUGCACGUAGUCUGCAGAAGACUCAUAGUGGAUGUCCAGUGUGCAAAAAACCCAUACAGAUGGUGAUAAAAACAUAUGUGGCGUAACUAAUGUACUCCCCUUUCUUUUUUUUUGUCUUUUUUUUAGGUAAUGUUUGAUGAAGCUCUUGGAGCCUAUCACUAAAUGGCUUUCUAAUUUUUCGCAAUAUUCAAUGUUUGUCUUUUUCUUUUUAAAGCACCUUUUUUCUUAAAAAGAAGCAGGAGAGUGAUGAUGUGAAAUCUUUAUGUGUUUAUUUGGGUUAGUGGAAUGUUGCUCAUCCCACAGUCUCCAAUUUUUUGACAAUGCCCUAUCACUGCCAUAAAUGUUUUUUCCAUUGCAUUGUUUUACUUCGCGACCAUUAAAAUAUUUUGCAGUAUUUAUAAAAAUUUUACACCAUUGCAGAGAAUAUUUUAUUUAUAUCUAGACUUUGUUCUACACUAUAUAAUAUCUAUUUUUUUUCUGUGUGUGUCAGUGGCCAGUUGCUACAUGCUUGUCAUGACAGCUAAAAAUGUUUUAGUACCAAUUGCUCAGGCGUUUUUUUUUUCUAUCUGUAUUGUAAAAAAAAAAAAAGCUGUCAGACACAUUUUUUGGAAUAAAUUUAAUGGGCACAUUUA